AUGUGGUACAAACCUUCGCACUGGGCAUUGGAGUCGGCAGCUUCGUCGUUGGCCCCCCCUGGGAAAGAGAGAUGGAGUAACAAGGAUAUGGACCCUGUACCCCCGCAUUUACGUACUUGGUCGACUCGGAAUUAUGUGGCUUAUUGGAUAUCGGACGCGACGAAUACGGCUGUUUGGGAGCUUGCGAGUUCUAUGUUGGCUGUUGGGCUUUCGUGGCGUCAAGCUCUUCCUGCUAUUGCUGUCGGCCAUGUUAUCAUAGCAAUAGUCACUGUAUUGAAUGGGACUAUCGGUGCGCGCUUACACAUUGCAGUUUCCAGCUACUUUAGCGUGGUCAGUCGGGUCAUUCUUGCCAUGUUUUGGUACUGGGAUACAGACUUCCCCUUCAUGCUCGUUUCUCCGCAGAAGAUUCGGCAUCUCUUCAUGGCCAAGGCUUUCAUUGUCCCAUGUGCGUGGCUCGCGAUCCUGAUCUGGGCGAUGGUCAAGGCGCCGCCGAGUCAUGCGGAAGUUAGCGGGAGUGCGCUGAGUUGGGCGUGGUUGAGCGCGUUGAAUAGUGCUCUUGGUAUCUAUGCGACUCUUGCGGUUAAUGUUAGUGAUUUUACGAGUCAAUACGUGCAACUCUUUAUUAUUCCUACCGUAUUCACUCUCAUCGGGUUCGUGGGUAUCGCAGUAACCUCCGCCGGAGAAGUUCUCUAUGGCGAAACCCUCUGGGACCCUCUCAAGCUCAUCGACAAGUGGGAUAAUCGCGCCGCGGCUUUUUUCGCGGCGUUUAGUUUCUUUAUAGCGACUCUCGGCACGAACAUUUCGGCGAAUAGUUUGAGUGCUGCUAAUGAUAUGACUGUGCUGUUUCCGCGGUAUAUCAAUAUUAGGAGGGGGCAGGUUAUUUGUGCGAUCUUGGGGGGGUGGGCGCUGUGUCCCUGGGAGAUUUUGGCGUCUGCGCCGGGGUUUUUGACGUUUAUGAAUGGAAUGUACUGGUUCGUGCAUAAAUGUAAAGUGGAUCUGAGAGCCAUGUACGACCCGCAUGGACGGUAUCGCUAUUGGAAUGGAAUUAAUUGGAGGGCUGUGGUAGCCCUUUUAUGCGCCGUUCCGCCCAGUUUCCCCGGUCUUAUAUACAGUGUCAACCCAUCCAUCUAUCCUGGCAAGGUUUCUCACGUCUUUGACAUUGCAUGGCUGUACGGGUUCUUCACGGCAUCGACUGUGUAUUGGACCCUCAGCAAGAUUUUCCCACCUCUCGAAACGUUCGUGGAGGAAGAUCACGAGAAUUUGGAUGUGUCUGCUACGGCUUCUUUGGAUCUGAAAAAUGGAACUGGGGAUGAGAAAGUUGGAGUUAGUAGUGUGAGUCAUGUAUAA